UACAUCCUUGUGAAUCAAAAUGAAAAAAUCUGAAGCAGUUUGCAUUUAAAGAAAACAAAAAUAACAAAAAACAACAAAAAAAAUAUUUUUAAUAAAUUUUCAAAAUGGUAUUGAAUAAGAAAAUAUAAGAAUUGUUCUAAAGGAAUUUCUCAUCUUUAAACAUUGUUAAAAAAGGCCUCCAGAAAUCAAAAAUCAAAAAGAAAAGAAAAACACAAAGGCAAACAAAAUUAUAGACAUGAAAUCCUCAUCAAGUGAAGUUGGAGAACUAAGUGAUCUAGAGUUUUUUAUACAUUCGAAUACAUCGACGGCCAAUCAAACAGCUCUAACCCAAUGCCUUAUUCGCCAAUUUGAAGAGCUAUCACUUUAUGAAAAUGAUACUUAUUGUCCAACAAAUUUUGAUUCAGUAUUAUGCUGGCCUAGAACUCCUCGGGGAACGAUAGCAUCAUUACCGUGUAUGGAAGAAUUAGUGGGCUUGCGUUACGAUACAUCACAGAAUGCGACAAGGUAUUGUCAUAUUAAUGGAACAUGGAAUUCUAGAACAGAUUAUGAAGCCUGCGAUUACAUUAGUUUGAAUACGCCUCCAGAAUCUGAAUUUGGAAUAGCGGAAUUAACAAGUAUCACAUAUUCAAUAGGCUAUUCUUUAAGUCUUAUAUCACUAUCAUUGGCGUUAAUAGUUUUUACCUAUUUUAAAGAGCUAAGAUGUUUACGUAACACGAUACAUGCGAAUUUAUUUUUUACACAUAUUAUGUCCGCUUUAAUGUGGAUUUUAACGCUUUCUGUACAUAUUUCGGUGCAAAUUGGUGUAGCAGGUUGUAUAGUGUUAGUAUUCUUAUUAAAUUUUUUUACGGUAACAAACUUUUUCUGGAUGAUGGUUGAAGGACUCUACUUAUACAUUUUAGUUGUAAAGACAUUUUCUGGUGAUAACAUUCGCUUUAACAUUUAUGCUCUAAUAGGUUGGGCUGCUCCUGCCAUCAUUGUGAUUUCAUGGGCUAUUCCUAGAUCCAUUGUAUCAUCGAGUGAGGAAUCUAACGACUUGGCUCAUUUAAAAUUAGCAAUUGAAUGUCCAUGGAUGAAAGAGUCUGAAAUUGAUUGGAUAUUUAAGGGUCCUAUUAUAGCUGCACUAAUUUUAAAUUUAUUAUUCUUAUUAAGAAUUAUGUGGGUUCUUAUAACAAAACUUCGUUCAGCAAAUACCAUAGAAACAAGACAGUAUCGUAAAGCUGCUAAAGCUUUACUAGUAUUGAUACCACUUUUUGGAAUUACUUAUUUAGUUGUUUUAUGGGGACCAGAUCAAGGUGUUAUAGGAAGUAUUUUUCAAAUCGUAAGAGCAUUAUUGAUAAGUACACAGGGAUUUUCAGUAUCUUUACUUUACUGUUUUUUAAAUUCUGAAGUGAGAAGUGCACUACGUCAUCAGUUGAAUCGAUGGCAAGAACAAAGAGAUAUACGUAUUGGACAAAUGCGUCAAAGUAGAAGGUACACAACAAAAAAUUUGAUAAAAAUGAAUGAUGGUAACUCACCUGCAACGAAAAUUGAGUGUACCAGACCAUUGACAUCAAAAUAUGAUAAGAGAGAAUCAUGUGCAUCAGUGACUACAACAACAUUAAUUGGUACAUCAACAAUUCAUCAACGAGGAUCCAAUGGAGCGCUUCAAAAUAUUUCUAUAUCAAGAGCUGUCAGUCCCAGUAAUCCAAAACAGGAGACACAAAGGAUUCAAUUUAAAGUUUAAAGAAAUAACUUUAGCCUUGGGAGGAUAACAAAAUACGUUGAGGUUUUUUUUUUAUAUACCAACAUAGAAAAAUUCGAAAUUGAUUAUUCAAUUGUGUAAACUAUCGUAUAUAUAGAUUUUUAAAAUAGUUUUAUUCUUAUUUAAUUUAAUAAAAUAUUUUGUACAUAUGCACACAAAUUCAAUAAAAUUGCAAAAAAAAAAAAUUCAA